UUUUUUCUUUCCUUUUCUAUUAAUCUUGAGGAGUGGUUCCAUAUUUCUGGUGAGAGAAAACAGCAGGGUCUUCUGCUAAAUCAAGAACACUGUGUGUUCAACAUCUCCCUCCUCGUGUUUCGAGCGUUCGUUACUUCUUAAUUUCAUCAUAAUUUGCGCAACAAAUAAGCCGCAAUUUCAGCUAAAGUCCGGUGAAAAAAAAGGUCUUUAUCAUCUUUUUUGUGGAAAACAGCUAAAAAGUUGUAAAAUGGAUUUUUAUUAAUCUUCUUCCAGCAAGUAUAGGAUCAGAUUCUAAAAGUGUGAACUGUUUUAUGGAGAAAAAUUGUGGGAGAAGAGAAGGGAUAAAUCAAAUAGGAUGUAUGUGGAUGUUCAUCAGCAUCUUUGGAUCUAAUCAGAAGCGUCUCUUGAUGGAAAAGAAACAUAGAAGCAAAAGAUUUGCAGGUACUAAUGAGAGUGUUCAGAAACUUAUUGAAGAGGAUAUCGAUGUUUCUAUUGCUGGUGAUGAACAUGUAGAGGCUAAGGCUUUUAAGGAUGAAUCUGAAGAAAAGUUCAGAGAGAUAAUCAAACGGUUGAUAGCUCAGAAACAAGGAGAGAUCCAAAGCUGUAAGGACUUGUUGGAGGCUUUUCAUGUUUUGGAUUCUGAAGAAGAAUCACUCCUCAAGAAGAAGGUUUCACAUGAAGAUUCUCAAAGCUUGGGAGAUUCCAAGAGAGUAGUAGAAGAAGAACAAGAGGCUGUGUUGUUACCUAAAAGAAAGUGUAACUUCUUCAGCAAGAAAUGGAGAUCAGAAGAGAGGAAGAGAAACAGAACAUCUCAGGUUACAAAAACAAUUGUUGUUUUGAGACCUACUCCAAAUAGCUUGGAUGUUGAUUCUUCAUCAAGCAACAAGUCCAAAACCGGGAGAAUCUUUUCCCGGUUUAUUAUCGGUUUACUCAAAAGAAGAUUACAAGCUUCCGUUGGAAAGAAGUCAUGUGAUGUUCAUGUUGAUAAGAGCCAUUGCGUGCAAGAAAAGAUACAGAGUAAAUCCGGGAAGCAUGUUUCAGAUGAAGAAGAAGAACCGUUAUGUAGUGAAGGAACAAGCGAAGAUUCAAAGAAGAUUAUGUCUGGUUUGUAUAUUGCAGCAAGGAAACACUUGUCUGAGAUGCUUGCAAAUGGAGAUAUAGAUGUGAACUUACCAGAUAAAGAAGUACCAAGAAUCUUGGGGCAGAUUCUUUCUCUCCCUGAGUUCUCAUCACCCGGAGAUAGCCCUAGUUUGAUCCCUACGCAUGAUUUGGUUAGCACUUUAAGCCAAACAACCGAGGUACCAGAGAUGCUGCAAUGCAGUGAAGAUUCAGAUAAAGAUGAUGAGACAUUGUUCACCAUAGAUGUCUCUGUUCCCACAAUGCUUUCAGACCAUGUGAAGGAAACUGAGAAGACAGAGAUAGAACCAAUAUUUGAAACUACCAGCUCUUCCAUUUCCAGACAAGAAGACGGAGAAACUGCCACUGAUGUGCAGGGAAAGUUAAGUCCAGUAUCUGUCCUGGAAACUCUCUUUACAGAUGAUGAGAGUAGUCCAACAACAAGCACAAGAUUCAAUUCAGCUGAAAAGAGGAUACAACCACUCUGCAUAAGAUUCGACGAAGCUGACUCUCCAAAACAAGACAAACCCAACAAUCUCAAAACAAGCAUGGAUGACAAGGAGUUGACACUUGCAUACAUUAAAGCCGUUGUGAAAUCCUCAGGCUUGAGCUGGGAAGAGCUUUUGACGAGACCCUUUUACUCUGAACAGCUUCUUGACCUAGAAUCAACAGAUGACAUAGCUUUCUGCUCUACACAGCUCUGCGACGAUAAGAAUCUCCUCAACGACUGUAUCAAUGAAGUUCUUAUGGACUUCUGUGAGAAUGAACUGAAUCCUGGCCCUUGGAUUACGUUCCUGAAACCUGAAGUCCAGCUAAUCUCAGACAUGGAAGUUGCAGCUAAAGUGGCACAAGAAGGAGUUUACUGGCAUCUCUUGCCUUUGCCUUCUCCUCACACUUUAGAUCAGAUAGUGAAGAAAGACAUGGGUAAAGCAGGAAGCUGGAUGGAUCUCCGGUUUGAUAUUGGUUGGAUUGGUUCCGGCACGAGUGAAUUGAUCCUUGGUGAUCUAAUAGAAGAGAUCAUCAGAAGCUGCAGAGACAUGGUUCAGGCUGAACCAAUGCAGGAACAGAACAGCAACAGCUUGUGACAAGGCACUUUGUUUUAAGAUUUUGUCUAUCUUGUACAGUUUCACUGCCACUGCAAAGGUCAAAGAUCUCUAGUUGACCUUUCUAGUGCAAUGGCACCACCUGAGCUUUUUUUUAACAUUGGCAAAGACUUGAAUAAUUUUCUACUUCAAUACUAUGUUUUUGCUUUCCAGUA